AACAAAUAAUUUGAGCAAUGGAGGGACCGCGUGUAGAAGUGGCUCCGUUCCGGACCAUAGCAGACUUUGUGACGGACGCCACAUUUACCUCCCCUGCAGUCAGCGAGAGUGGGAGGUGGUACAACAGGGUCAAACAGAACCUGCUCUAUUAUCAAACAAACUACUUCGUCAUCUUCAUCCUAAUCAUCGUCUUUUAUAGUGCCGUGAACAUGGCGAGAUAUCUGACAGGAAUGUUUAUCAUAACUCUGAUAUUGGGAGCUCUAACCUUGAAAACAAGAUACGGGCUUAUGCCUGCUGCAGGUAUCGGACUGCUGGCUGGUUUGAUGGGACACACCCCGGCCGUUAUGUACACUGUUUGCUCCAUCUUCAUCCCCAUUCUACUAUCGUUUAUCCAUGCUUCCCUGCGUACCCGGAACAUGAAGAACAAGAUGAACAGUGCAGUUGAGACGUUGAGGGUGGUUCCUACACCUAUGGCUCACAUUUUGGAGUGUUUAGAGGCUAACACUGACUAUUUCAAACGUUUGGCGUCGAUGGAAAAGGCCAAAUAGAGACGUUUUGACGUUGGUUUUAUUAUGUAUUAUCAUUAUUAGGUAUGUUAGAGGUCGGAAAAGAUAAUGGUAGUACUGGUUGAUUUUAAAAUUGAACAUGACUAGAUUUAUGGACGAUAGAAUCUAAUCUAGAUUUCGUUGAUCAAUUAUCAUAAGUUAAAUGCUUUUUAAUGUUGUUUAAAACUAAGUUCUGGUAAACUUAUUUUGAGAUUCUAUAUAUGUGUACAGUUGGUACAAUCGCGACUGCUGGAAUUUGGAAAUAGUCUUUAAUAAUAGUCUUUAAAUAGUCUAUAAUAACGAAGUUAAGUAAUAUUAAUAGAAGUUUCUUGCUUAUGUCAAUAUUUGUGUGUGUAGAGAAUCGAGAUACUGGUCGAUUACAGCUGGAAUUUUCACCAUCAGAUAAUACUAGCACCAAUAAUUCGCGUUAAUCGUAAAUUACAAUCUGACAUGUGAUCCAACAACGUUUUAAUUAUUUGAAAGUUCAAAUGUUUUAAACAUUACUUACAGUAUUUCAAAAAGAUAAAUGCUUCUUAAUAAAAUGAGAUGAUAAUGAUAUUUCAUGUAUUUCUAAUUUUAAUGAUUCUUUGUCCGUAUCAUCAAUUUAUUUGUAAUCUUUUAGAAUUCAUUGUGCUAUAAAUGUACGAUGCUCUUGUUAAAUUGUUUUUAGUCAUUUAGUGUUUUUGCACAUGGGUAAAUACAAUUUUAUUUGGUUGUAAUACUGUAACCACAGCAAAAGCAUAGAAAGAUAAACGGCAAACGCUCAAUUUCUAAUAUAGUAUCCGAGAUUCACAACUUUUGCGUCGAUUUUAAUAUUUAACAUACUGUAUACCUUACAAGACAUAUUUAUGUGGAUCAUAAUUAGCGGGGAUCGAAAUUAUGGGGGAACGAAAAUAUGGGGAUUUUUUUCAGAAAUACAGUAAUUCAGUACGAAAUUUUAGAAAUUCAGUACGAAAAUAUGAGGAUUUUUUCCCAUUUUUUCCAAAAAUCCCCAAAUUUCGUACCAUAUAAAUAUGUCUCGUAAGGUAACUAUAAAGUUGUCGAAUGACAUAGGCUAAUGACUUCUGCAGCAAACCUGACUUCCUUAUGAGCGGUACUGUUUGACACGUGACACCUUGAAUCUUGGAGUUUGACUAGUAUUGAUGACUGCUGUUCCUGUGAAUGGUAUAGGUAGCUACAUUGAAAGAUUGAAUAAUGGCUGACUCAGUGCAAUCAAUGUUUCGAAACAAAUGGCAUCGCCUCCCGAGCUUGCAGGGGCCAGUUUCAUUCGACAACGUUACCAUCUAAAUGUCUGCGACAUUCUAUUGUGUGUCUGUCAUGUCUGAAGACCUAUCUUAUGAGCAGCUUUAUGUUGUUGUUUUUCAUGGUCUUGUUGUUAUUUUUAUCAUUGUUGACUUCAACAGUUUAGCCAAUGAAACGUCAA